AUGACGGUCGACCUGAACGUGCCCUACUCGGCGUGCGAGCUGAAGAGGGUCAAACGCCUCGAGUUGGGUGUGCUGGAUCCAGAAAUUAUCAAAAAAAUAGGCGUGUGCGAAAUUGUAAAUAUAGACCUAUACAAAGAUGGGCUGCCAAGGGAAGGAGGUCUAAACGACAUUCGCAUGGGGACCAUAGACUACAAGACAUUAUGUGGGACGUGUAACAUGAACGUGAAAUAUUGCCCCGGCCACUUUGGCUACAUCGAACUGGCGAAACCAAUGUAUCAUUACGGCUUUAUGAAUGUCGUCUUGAAUGUAUUAAGAUGCGUCUGCUACCACUGUGGCAGAUUAUUGUGUAAUACGAGCAAUUCGAAGGUAAAAUAUAUCGAAAAAAUCAAAGUGAAUAGUUUGCGACUGAAGAGAUUGUCAGAGGUGUGCCAAACAAUCAAAGUAUGUGAUCAUUCCUCACCACAAGAAGAAGAUACUCUACACCUGAAUGAAAACGCAGUGGAUAAUUUUUACAAUAACAAUUUGAGUAACUUAAACGUGAAUCAGCAAAUGCUUUUAAACCCUAACAGUUACAGUAACAUCUUCGAAAUGGUAAAUAAAGAAGACGUCGACUGUGGCUGUGUGCAGCCCAAGUACUCAAGGGAAGGACCAAAUAUGUUCAUUCAGUUUUUACACUCCAGUGAUGAAGACAUAGAUGAGAGUAAGCGAAAAUUAAGUGCAGAAGAAGCCCUAGAAAUUUUGAAGAAAAUUAGGAAGGAAGAAAUGCCCAUUCUUGGAUUCAAUUCGGAUAGAUGCAUCCCCGCGUCGUUAAUUUUGACAUUUAUUCCCAUCCCUCCUCCUUGUGCGAGGCCCUACGUACAAUAUGGUAAUCAGAGGAGUGAAGACGACCUGACAUUGAAACUUCUAGACAUUGUAAAAACGAACAUUCAGUUGAAGAGACAAACGGAUAGGGGGGCUAAAUCACACGUGCUCCAGGAUUUGUGUGCCCUCUUACAGUUUCACAUUACCACCUUGUUCGAUAAUGACAUUCCGGGGAUGCCCAUAGCGACGACACGUUCGAAGAAGCCAAUUAAAGCCAUACGGACGAGGUUGAAGGGGAAGGAAGGAAGGCUCCGAGGAAAUUUAAUGGGAAAACGUGUAGACUUUUCAGCCAGAACAGUAAUUACAGGAGAUCCCAAUUUAAACAUUGACUACAUAGGAGUGCCAAAAUCAGUCGCCAUGACGUUAACAUUCUGCGAAACGGUGACUCCACUCAAUUACGAUGAUUUGAAAAAGCUCGUCGAAAGAGGUCCAUACGAAUGGCCAGGAGCGAAAUAUAUCAUCAGGGACAACGGAACCAAGUAUGAUCUCAGACAUGUAAGAAAAAAUUCAGAAAGAGAAUUAGAAUAUGGUUACAAAGUGGAGCGACAUAUGACGGACGAAGAUUAUAUCCUCUUCAAUCGACAACCUUCUCUUCACAAAAUGAGUAUCAUGGGACAUAAGGCAAAAAUAUUGCCCUACUCGACGUUCAGGCUAAACUUAGCUGUUACUUCUCCGUACAAUGCCGAUUUUGAUGGGGAUGAAAUGAAUCUGCACCUUGCGCAGUCGCAUGAGACUAGAUCCGAAAUUAAGCACCUCAUGAUUGUGCAGAAGCAGAUCGUAUCUCCGCAGGGAAACAAACCCGUUAUGGGAAUUGUGCAGGAUUCCCUCUUGGCCAUAAGAAAAUUUACCAGGCGAGAUAACUUUCUCACAAAGGAAGAAGUGAUGUCUUUGCUCAUUUGGAUCCCCUACUGGAACCAUGUGAUACCUACUCCUGCCAUUAUGAAGCCGAAGGCCCUGUGGACAGGAAAGCAAAUUUUCUCUAUGCUUCUCCAGUUUGAAGAUUUAGAAAGGCUCAAUGACCCGUUAGGCAAUGCCAACAUGAUGAUAGGAGGAGGGGGAGGGGCUACCCACGGUAGCGGGUUCAGAAUAGAAGACGAAAUGGGCCGAGCAAACAACACUAGUGGUGCACACCUACACCCCCAUAGCCCCUUAGCCAUUGGAGACACACUAAACAGUAACGUAAAAAAUCAAUUCAUUGGAAACGAAGUGACUGGCACGAAUGGCCCAGAUGGCAUAUUCAAAGGAGUAAGCGGAUGGAGGAGGAAUGUAAAAAUCAACCUGAUGAGGGAUUCCUCCACCUCGUGUAAGGAUGACAAUCCGUACUGCUCCAUCAACGAUGGAAAAGUGAUCAUAAAGAAUAACGAGCUCUUGUGUGGAAUCAUAUGCAAACGUACAGUGGGUUCUUCUAGCGGAUCGUUGAUUCACAUUCUGUGGCAUGAAAUGGGUCCAGAUAAAACCAAAGAUUUCAUUUCGGCCCUGCAGAAGGUCACCAACAACUGGUUAGAAUACGUCGGAUUCACCGUGAGCUGCUCAGACAUCAUAGCUAGUAAUAAGGUCCUCGAUAAGGUAAAAGAUAUUCUAAGUAAGUCGAAAAAGGAGGUAUCCAAAAUUGUGAAGAAGGCGCAGAGAGGAGAAUUGGAAUGCCAACCGGGAAAAUCCCUCUACGAAUCUUUCGAAACCAGAGUAAAUAACGAACUAAACUGUGCACGUGAAAUGGCAGGAAAAGUGGCCUCAGAAAGCUUAGAUGAAAGAAACAACAUCUUCAGCAUGGUGGCUAGUGGAUCCAAGGGAUCCAUCAUCAAUAUUUCUCAAAUCAUAUCUUGUGUGGGUCAACAAAAUGUCGAGGGGAAGAGAAUUCCCUUUGGAUUUAACCACAGAUCCUUACCCCAUUUUAUUAAAUUUGAUUACGGUCCAGAAAGUAGAGGUUUUGUGUCGAACUCUUACUUAAGUGGACUCACCCCACAGGAAGUCUUCUUUCAUGCCAUGGGAGGAAGAGAAGGUAUCAUCGAUACGGCCUGCAAGACGUCCGAAACGGGUUACAUACAAAGGAGACUAAUCAAAGCGAUGGAAGAUGUUAUGGUGCAGUACGAUCGAACCGUUAGGAACUCCUAUGGAGAUAUUAUUCAGUUUCUCUAUGGGGAGGAUGGAAUGGCUGGAGAGUAUAUAGAAGAUCAAAUUAUCGAUCUGAUGAAGCUAGACAAUAAGGAAGUGAAAAAAUUGUACAAAUACAACUUUGACGACGAUGAAGAUGACAAUCAUGACGACCGUUACGGGAAGGACUUCUACCUAGACAGGGGACAAAACAGGAAAAACUCCUACAUUGACUAUAACAAGCAGAAUGUACUGAAUCAGGAAUUUCAAGAGCUUCUAAGGUGUAAAAAUAACAUUUGCAAGGAAAUAUUCCCCGAUGGGGAUGUAAGGCAGCACUUACCCAUCAACAUGAAUCGACUUAUCGAAUUCGCCAAAUCGCAGUUCCCGUUUGUUCCUGUUGUUGGUAGCAAAGUGAAGGAUCCCAUUAGUGCUAAUAGGAUGAGGCCUAAGAUGAGCAGCACCCAGAGGAGGCGCAAGAAGGGGAAGAAGGCCCGUCCACGGGCUGAGAGGAAAGCCACUGCUGACGUGGCGUUGGAAGACCCGAACGAAGAACUGCGGAACAGCGAAUUCAUGUCGGAGAUUAAGAAGGAGUACGAGACGAACGAUCUCGCCAGCGCCAUGAAGGGGCAAGGAACGUACAGUGGCUUCGAGCCCUUCGACGAAGAUCUCGCGGAAGGGACGCGUCGCGACGGCAGCGACGAGGGAAGCGCUGACGAAGAUGAGGAGGAAGCUAGCCACAGCGACAGUGGUGUGGAGAGCGACGGCGAAAGCCACGGCGAGGACCGAUCCUUCGUCAACCCCGUAGACAUCGUGCACAAAGUCAACCGCUUUCUAGAAAAGCUAGUCAUUAUCAAACAGAUCAACAGCAACGACACUCUCUCGCUGGAGGCCCAGAACAACGCCACGGUGCUGCUGAAAGCCCACUUGCGAACCUACUUAAAUUCGAAGCUCUUGAUUCAGACCCAUAAGAUCAGUAUGAAGGGAAUCGACUGGCUUCUGCAAGAAAUUGAAAAGAACUUCUACAAAUCGUUAUGCCACCCUGGAGAAUGCGUAGGCGCCUUGGCAGCGCAGUCGAUUGGAGAGCCCGCAACGCAGAUGACGCUGAAUACAUUUCACUUCGCCGGAGUGGGAUCCAAAAACGUAACCUUAGGUGUGCCAAGAUUGAAGGAGUUAAUUAAUAUUGUGAAGAAUGUCAAGACUCCCUCCACGACCAUCUAUCUGGACGAUGUCGUAUCCAAUGAUCAGCAGAAAGCCAAAGAUAUAUUAACCAAACUAGAAUACACAACCCUGAAGCAACUAACAUCGCAUGCACAGAUUAUUUACGACCCGAAUACCACGACUACCAUCCUAGAAGAAGACAAAAUGUGGGUAGACGAGUUUUAUGAAUUCCCAGAUGAGGAUGAUACACAGUAUACUCUAGGAGAAUGGGUUCUACGGAUUCAGCUAACCAAUAUUCACGUGAAUGAGAAGAAGCUCACCAUGAAGGAAAUUGUCUACAUCAUUUAUUCAGUCUUCUCCAGUGACGAGUUAGACAUCAUCUACACGGAUGAUAACUCGGAAGACCUUAUUCUAAGAAUUAGGGUUAAAUACCUAAAUGGGGAGUACAACUUUCUCAAUGACGAUGCGGAGCAGGCCCAGGAGGAUGAGUACGAAGAGGAGGAAGAGGAGGAGGAGGAAGAAGAAAACUACAACAACAUUGGAAAGACCUUCAAGACGAAGAAGAACGUCGAUGCGGAUGACAAUCAGGCGACGCAGAACAGGAAAAAUGAUAAAGACGACAACCAAAGCGUCAGCAGCAGUCGCUCGAGGCAGAACAGCGUAAACAGUGAAAACCGAUUUGGCAGCGCGACUGGAAGCGCGAGCGGCACCCACAUGGACGAUGGUGAUGGAAUGGGGAACCACAAUCGGGACGAAGCAGUGGGGAAAGAUAAAACGAGUAAGGACAAAAGCGCGGCGAAAAUGAAAAAACUGAAGGAGGAAAGUGCCAACCGAACGGAUAGCAACUAUGUUGAGGGAUACGAAGAAACGGACUUGUUCGCCAAAGGGGAAGGCAGAAGUGGGGUUGGAAGUGGAAUUGGAAGUGGUCUGGUAAACGGCCUUGGAAGUGGAAAGAGCUCCGGCACAGCGGAGGACAUGUUCGGGAAGGCCAACUCAAAACACGCAGAAGAAGAUGCACACACCACGAAGGGGAGAAACAACAUCAGUGGCCCCAACGUGGGUGGGGGGGGUAUCACGAGCGGAAACGCUCCCAAUGCAAAUAAUACAAGCAGUGUAGAUAGGAACAGCAUGCGGAACGUAAAUAAUUUGAGCAACCCGAUUUAUAUGAAGGAGGACACAGAAGAUACAUUUUUAAAAAAGCUGAUGGAACAAUGUCUGUCGACACUGAAGUUAAGAGGAAUAGAAAAUAUUACCAAAGUGUACAUGAGAGAAGAGUCGAAAAUAACGUACGAUUCCAACAAUGGCAAGUUUGUGAGGAGUUCUCAUUGGGUGUUAGACACAGAUGGAUGUAACCUGGAGCAUAUCUUCUGUGCUUCCCAUGUGGAUUAUAAAAAGACCGUUUCAAAUGACAUAGUGGAAAUAUUCGAAGUGUUAGGAAUCGAGGCCGUGAGAAGAGCUCUUCUAAAAGAAUUGAGGACGGUCAUUUCAUUUGAUAGCUCAUAUGUUAACUACAGGCAUUUGUCCAUCCUCUGUGACGUCAUGACUCAGAGAGGGUAUCUCAUGUCCAUAACGAGACAUGGUAUCAAUCGAGUCGAUAGAGGACCACUAGUCAAGUGUAGCUUUGAAGAAACGGUGGAAAUACUCCUAGAAGCAGCUGCCUUUGCACAGGUAGAUAACCUCAAAGGAAUAACGGAGAAUAUCAUGCUGGGUCAGUUAUGCAAAAUAGGAACAGGCGUUUUUGAUAUCAUUAUAGACAACCAAAAGUUGAGUGAUGCAAAUCAGAAUUUAGAGACCAUGAUGGAUAUUACCAGUGCUGGGUUUACUACUCCAGAUAGUCACCAUGGAAUCACUCCAGAUGGAUUGCAAUCUCCGGUAGCAAUCAACACGCUAAAUUCUCCCCUUCCCUUCUCUCCAACGUAUAACGUUAAUCUGUUGUCCCCCACAGCUCCUCUCGGCAGUGUCAACGGGAUUUUAUCCCCCCAGUGUCUGCAGGAUUAUGGCGAUGCGAAUAGUGGUGGUAUGGGUGGUAGUGGCGGUGAGAAUAUUAUGUCCCCAUCCAAAAAUGACUUCAACAAUUUAGACACGCUAAAAUUAGGGGGCAAAUUCUCACCUACUCAAUCACCCAGGUCACCAACAUCAGUGAUCCAUUCCCCCUUCUCCCCUUUUGAUAAUCAUAACCAGCAAGCACUCGAUCCCAGCAUGUUAUUCUCGCCAAAGAAUAACAACAGCGGAGGCAUCAGCGGCAGUAGUAACAGCAUGAGCAUGAUGAAUUAUAAUAUCUUCUCCCCCAAGGCAAAUUUGAAUAGCAUACAAUCGCCUGCCAUGCUGUACUCUCCUAAUCGCGCCUUAGAUAUAUUUUCCCCCAAGCAGCAGACACAGAACAAUAUUUACUCCCCUUCCUACUCGCCCACCUCCCCCACUUACCACUUGUCUAACAAUGCCAAUGCUGGUGGCUCCUCCGGUCUGAAUGGCACAAAGGCUUUCUACUCGCCAACGUCUCCAACAAAUCAGGUGGACGACAUGAACCCCAAUAUGAUGAAGUACCACAGCGUCGUUUCCCCCGUCUACUCAUACUCUCCCACGUCGCCUGUUCCGAACAACCCCAAUAGUCCUCACUACUCGCCCUAUGCUAUAGCGUCUCCUAAAUUUUCGCCCACUUCCCCUGCAUACUCCAUCUCCUCCCCUGUGUAUGACCGAAGCAGCAACGCCAGGAAUAAGAGCCAGCACGCCCUCUCCCCGGCGUACAUUCUGCAGUCACCGGUGCAGGUGAAGCAGCACAUCCAGGACGUCAGCAUCUUUUCGCCCAUCCAGCAAGCCAAUGCCGACGAGGCGCAGAACGACGACCCCUUCUCACCGAUGCCCUACAACAUGGAGGAGGACGAAAUGGAGCAGUGA